CCCAAUUAUGUCAGCAGGGUAAGGUGAACAUCGGUGUAACGCCGUGUCGUAAUCUUUUUUAAUCUAAGGUAUUAAGGUUAAACACAUGUGCACUUUCAACUGUCAACUGUCAACUGUGUACGUACUGCCAUGUACAUCAUAUCUGACGCCGCCGACUUUAGAGCGUCUUAACUGCUUCUCGCGAUUCCACUUUAAGAACGAUAAUCAAUUCAUCAUAUACAGUAAUUCGAGGGAUAUUAGUUACCUUAUACCUCUACUAGGGAAACCAAUCGACACCAUUUCGAUUCGGAUGGGCCAAGACCAAAUAACAAAUCAUACCCAACAAUUCGGCGACAUUUGGAACUAAAGCUGGAAUGGCCCACCUCUCAGCAGCAUUAUCGCCGACUAGGCCAUUAAGUUCCCGCAGCUUUGCUCUUGUCUCCUCUUCCUCUUCCUCGGACGGCGAAGAUGAUGUCCCGCUUCCAUUUCCUACCGCACUUCCACGCUCCGACUUCCUUGCGCCCGACUUUGAUCCAGCCGAGUAUCUCUCAUCCCUCGCGAAUCGUCAUCAAACUCUAGAAGACCUGCGAUCCGACCUCAGAGAACGCAGCGCUGCUAUUAGUACCGAAUUGCUAGAACUAGUAAACUCGAACUAUACUAGCUUUUUAAGCUUGGGUGAUGAGUUAAAAGGUGGCGAGGAAAAAGUCGAGGAUGUUCGCGUAGCACUAUUAGGCUUCCGACGAGCUGUAGAAGAGAUUAAGGGUCGGGUAAAAGAAAGAGGAUCUGGGGUUUCCGGCCUCAAUCAGGACCUAGUUGACGUGAGGGGGGAGAUCGAGACUGGGAGGAAGAUGCUAGAACUUGACGAAAGAAUAUCUGCGCUCGAAGGAAGAUUGGCGAUUGGAAGUACAGGGCCAGACAGCGAUGAUAGUGACGAAGAUGAAAAAGAUGAAGACGAACUGGAUGGAGCUGUGGGAAGCAGUUCAGCAAAAUUAACCCAACUGGCAAACGAAUACGUCAUAAUAGACGAAUUAGCUGACGACAUCGGAAGAGAGACUUCUUUCAUACGAAAAACUGAGGAGAGGUUGACGAGAUGUCGAAAUACUAUCCUCCUAGACCUUGGUGCGGCGUUGAAGGAAGCUAAGAGAGUGGGCGUGAGAGGGCAAACGAAAUUACUCAAACUGAUGAGUAUAUAUUCUCUACUGGAUGCUCAUGCUGAUGCGGUCAAAACGUUGAAGAGCAAUUAACCUGACACGGAUAUUAUUCGGCAUUUGGUAUAGAUCGUCGUGUUGUGGAAGUGUGUUUGUAAAGAUACCCAAGCAU